AUCGACAUAAGUCCCAUCCUAGUAGGCGAUUGUCCACAAGUGGUUCUAAUGUGAAUUGGUCUGUGUUUCGCGAGAUUCGUCUCACUCGUUUAUCCCGUAUCCGUAACUGUGAUUCUACGUGCUUCUCAAAAGCAGGGCACUAUCAAGUCUUCUAAAGAAGCUGGACACGACAUAUUUCGUAAAAAAAUGCAUCAAAUUUGCCGAGUGGCAAAACCUGCUAUUAUAAUUCGUGCGUGAAGACAACUCGUAACGCCCCGGACAUCUUUUAUCAAGGAUUAAAGUCACCAACUGGAAAGUAUUGUGGCUUCUUCAUCCUAGGAGUUCACUAGCAGCUUUAUGAAAGCUAAACGCAAUGGAGAGUUCUGAAGAGCCAACAAGUCUGCAAUCCAUCUGUCAUCUUAGAGCAUCCGAACUGUUUCCAAAGCAUACACAUUUUGAGUGUGAUGAUCCCACUCUCACUGUACCCUUCACACCGCUGAGUGGAGAAUCCGUCGUUGCUCUUGGAUGUACUUCAGAUGGAGUUCUCGCACUUUCCAAUUAUCGUCUUUACCUCCAGCUCAGUCAGGCUUGUUACAACAUACCUCUAGGUCUUAUCGAGCAACUCGAAGUUAAGGAAAUCUUCUAUCUUCACAUCGGCUGUAAGGAUGCUCGCUCGUUAAGCUGCGCGUUCUCAACAAAUGAACACUGUUUGGAGUGGUUUAAGCGGCUGCAUAAAGUAACCUAUCCGCGAAAGAGUAUAGAAGAUAUAUUUGCAUUCGCGUAUUAUGCGUGGUCCGUCGAGGAGGGGAGAGAUUAUCCCAGACUCGGGAAAGAUAAUGGAUCCUACACUGCUACUUUUAAUUCGGAAGUGGAAAGAUUAAAGUUUAAUCUUCAUGGCACAUGGCGUGUCAGCCAGAUCAAUGCAGACUACAGAAUGUGCCCAUCUUAUCCUCCGCAGUUACUGGUUCCUGCUUGCAUUUUAGACGAGACUCUCGAGACUGUCGCUAAAUUCCGAAGCUCCAGGCGCAUUCCCGCCGUUGUAUGGAGGCACAUUAAUAAUGGCGCUGUAAUAGCGCGUAGUAGUCAACCAGAAGUAGGUUGGUUAGGCUGGCGAAGUACACAGGAUGAGGAUCUACUAAAGGCUCUCUCAGAUGCAUGUUCCUAUGACAGAGGAGAAUCCACAAUGAUAGAUUCUCCAACUAGUUAUUCAGAUGUCAGUGAGGAGUCCAUAACCUCAAGUACAACUAAAAAAGUCCUUAUAGUUGAUGCCAGGUCGUACACGACUGCUGUAGCGAACAGAGCACGAGGUGGAGGAUGUGAGUGUCCUGAGUAUUAUCCCAGCUGCGACAUUCAAUUUAUGAAUCUGCCAAAUAUACACUCGAUACGAAAAAGUUUCCACGCAGUUAGGCAAUUAUGUGCAUCUGAUGCUGAUCAGCCAAAUUGGCUAAGCUUACUAGAAGGAACUCGAUGGCUACAGCAUAUGUCUGGGUUGUUAAGAGCAGCUGUUACCGUAGCUUCGGCCAUUGAAAGGGAUGGGCGACCUGUCCUCGUACACUGCAGUGAUGGCUGGGACAGAACACCACAGAUAGUCGCUCUAGCGCAAUUAUUAUUAGACCCGUAUUACCGUACCAUGGAGGGAUUUCAAGUUCUUUGCGAGAGAGAAUGGUUGGACUUCGGACACAAGUUCGCUGAUCGUUGUGGUCAGACAGUUGGUUGUGAAGAUCCCAAUGAACGUUGCCCAGUAUUCUUGCAGUGGUUGGAUUGCGUUCAUCAGCUGAUACUGCAAUUCUCUUGCAGCUUCCAAAUGUCACCUGCAUACCUCGUGAAAUUGGCGCAGCACACCUACUCACAGCUUUUCGGCACAUUCCUCUGUAACACGAGGCAGGAACGCUUGCAAUUGAGGAUACGAGAACGUACUUUCUCAGUUUGGCGUUUUCUCAACUCAAACUCUUUCGUUAAUCAUUUGUAUUCGCCACAAAAAGACCAGGUAUUGUGGCCCAGUUGCAACGUGCGCGACCUUGUACUAUGGUCUGAAGUUUAUCUAGGUUCGACCGAAUCAUCCUUAGGUAAUAGUAAUGAUAAACAGAGAGUCACAAUGAUCGAUAUCGAGGGUGGCGACAGUGAAGAACCACAAGGACAAAUGACUAAAACCCGCUCGUAUGGCGAUCUCAUACACGUACAGGAUCAUGUGGCGUAUCUUCACCGCAGGCUAAGCGAUCCCAGCAUCUCGAUCGAGAAGAAAUUCGAUUCCCUUAACAUUGACAACGAGGUCGAGAAGAUAGAGGAGAAUACGAACGAGAUUAGGAUUCCAGAGGUUAAUGGCGAUGAUACUCCGGAAAAGGCUGCUGAGAAAAAUCGAUACACCACUAACGAAGUGUCCAGUGAUUCCCCAGCUAAUCCAUCUGUAGACAGUUCGACGGAUACUAUAAUACCAAACAUUGAUCUGACCGUCGAUGUUGUUAAUGGAGAAAAAGAUAUGCUGCAGACAAUCCAACCACAGGAUGUUGUGGUUUCACCUUGGACAGAAACUGGAGUGGCAGGUCGCGGUGGCUGCACGUGCAACCGUGUUCACCACGAGGGCAGUGAUGUGAGUGACACUAGCGUGCCCUUAAUGUCCAGAACACCUAGCAGCAUAUGUCCAGCAUCUCCGAUUCAUCAAGACAUUAUACUCGAUAAUCCCGACAGGCUGGACGACGUCGACGGACUGCCCAUCAUUCACAUCGAUGUUCAGCUGCGCGUACAACAGAUCAUUGUCGAACACAAGCUCAAGGAGGAAGCAUUGCGAAAGGAAUUACACACGACAAGGCUGGCUCUGAUCAAACGUGUCUGCAACCACAACGCAGACACCGAUCGUAUAGACGACAUUGGUUCGUUACCGGAUUCUGUGGGGAGUGCAGGGGACCACGGAGAGUCUCUACCUUCAGACAUGUCGUGGGAAGCUGUAGAGGAUCUUGGACCCGCACCAACUCUGUGGGUACCGGAUCACGCAGUGAACCGUUGCAUGGGAUGCGAUACAGAAUUUUGGCUGGGAAGGCGCAAACAUCACUGCAGAUGCUGCGGCAAAAUCUUCUGCGCGGACUGCUCAGAGAACUCGACUCCACUCCCCAGCGAACAGCUGUACAAUCCCGUUCGAGUAUGCAGCGACUGCUUCUCGCGUCUCCAUCAUCACACGAGUCCCUGCCAGUGCAAUUCACGUCAGCAGAACCGGAGCAACGGAAACGAGAGCGAGACGGAUGCGCAGCAGCUGAAUUCGGACGGUGCACAGACGUGUCAGAGGUCGAGGGUCUCCUCCAUGGGAAAAGAGACCUGUAACGAUUCCACGUUGCAUGUUAAUCAACAAAAGUCACAGCCGUCCGUGACAGCGAGCACGGUGAACUGAAUGGAAAGCCGUACACCUAGAAAUAGGAUCGACUUUCAAUUAUGUGAAACAUAACCUAAAAUCGAUGGGCGAUUGAUGCUGUCGGAUUUAUACAUAAUUUGUAUCGUAUAUAAUGAUGCACGUGCGAGAAGAAUAGAUAGAGAAACGGAGAAGGGGAGUAACAGAAAGAGAGGGGGGGGGGUCGCGACGCUAGAUUCUUUAAAGAAUCUAAUAUUUAUUGCUAGUAUAAGUAUUUGUACGACAAUGAAGAGUGUAUAGAUGCUGAUCAGGGAGAGACUUAUGAGAUAGCAUUAACAGAUUGAUAAUGAUUAAUAUCGAUAUACGAUGAUGAAUUAUGAGACUGCGUGGUGAGAUUGAGGUAAUACGUUGAUAUACGUUAUGGGCGACGAUGAUAUUCUUACCGCUAAUUAGUACCUUAAUUAUAAAUUCGAGAGAAGAUCCUCGACUUUAGAACGAAUACAAUUUCGAGAUCCCCGAUUAGGAUAUCUAUGAUAACGGUCAUUGGGAAUAAAGAGGCACGUUUUGGCUGGCUGUGACAGAUGUCUAACAUUGGACACUAUAAUGAAAGAAAUGCUAAUUGUUAAUUUGCCAAUCAAGCUGAUUGACCAAUUAACUAGUGACCCAGGAGUAACGUUACGGACGAAGUUGUAUUUAUAUAUUGUCGCCGUGUACGAGAAUUGGAAUAUUAAAUGUCACUAUGGUAUUUCAUCGUGUCUUCCGCUCUUCUCUUUUUUUUUCUUUUUCUUUUUUUCUUUAUUACCAACCAAAAAUUAUAUGCACUCCUUAUAAUACAACUACGGUUACUCGUGUAUCUUGCUUCUUUUCUUUUGGUAUUGGUAUGGUGUUCCUAGUGAUGUCAUAGAUAUCGCUAGGAUGGAGUUUCUAGUAAAAAAGAUUCUUUUCUUUUGUAUAUACAUAAUUUCUUCCAAAAUCACGUGCUUUUUCGUAAUAUGUCAAUGUUCCGGAAUGUUGAAACAUUUCUUAUAAGUUGUGUGGCAUUCUUUAAAAUGUCAUUGGUGUCUUUGGUGUCGUCAGCUUUCUGGAACUGUAUUAGUAUUACCAGAUACGUGGUCACGGAUCCGACGAUCUGAAAAAUAAAAUAUCGAAAUCAUAUCCGUAAAGUACAAGGCAUAAGGUUAUAACUUUAAUCAGGAAAAAAUGAUCAGAUAAAACAAAAAAUCAAGCAAUAUUCGGUUGUCCAUUACUAAUACGAGAACAAAUUUAAAUAUAAUACCGAGGUCACUAGAGAUCUGUCGAGCGAGAAAAGUCCACAGGCAGAAAAAUCAAUGGGUCUGUGUAGUAAUUGAAGCGAAAAUAUUUCCAGCUGCUUUCUAAUGUCACUAUCCAAAUUCCAGGACAGUAAUUGACUUACGAUCACCGCCGUGGUUUUGGCCUACAAUCAAAAAGGAAUCUUAUUCACAUACAUUUUUUGUUGUUCGGUACACUUUUUAUUUUACGACUAUUGUUAUUUCAUACGUCAUAUCCACCUGAAAAUUACCUUCGUGCUGGCUUCAUAGCAAGGCUGAACAAUAAUGAACAUCCUACCGAUAUGAAGAACACACCAGAGACAUUGAGUAGCAAGGAAGAGCCCAUUGUUACUACCAUUGGCAUCAAUAAUUAAAACAUAUGGGGUAAUAAUUAGAUGAAGAAGACAAGUGAGGGUAACCACGAGCACAGGCACCCCAAAAGCAGUAUUUAUAAGUAGAACGGUAUCGCAUAGUGAGGAGUGUACAGUGAUCAGUUGGGAAAUAGUAUCAGCGACGUUGCGACAUUCUACAAAUUUCAAUAAAUAACUAACACAAUAAUAAUUAUAUUUUAAAAAA